AAGUGACUUUAAAACUUCUUUGUGUUAGUAUUUAGACAAACUGUUCACUCUGACAAACUGAUUGAAGUGAAAUACUCUAAUACUCUGCCUAGCUUCAGUAAGUUCUCUUUUCUAGUUUUUUGCAACCAAGAGCUAUUCAGUUAUUCAGGAGCAAAGUCAAAUCCUUAAUGUUUGGCUGAUGCUGUGUUACAGGAGGUUCUUUUUAGCACAGGAUGGAUGUGCUUGAUUACCUGCAUUCUAGACCCUGGUUGGUUUGGAUUUAUUGUUUUUCUGCUAAUUCACAAAUAGAAGAAGGGAUUAAUUUGAAAAGAUGUGAGCUGCAGUGCAGGGAAGCGGGAAAACCCCCGUCUUUUAGUAUUCAGAGUUCAGGCUAAAGAGACGCAUUACAGUACAUUCCCGUUAAAUCUCAAUGUAUGUUGCACAAAAUAGCAACAUCUUUUGGGGGGGUGAUAUCUAGGAUGGUUGCAUGAUUUUUCAGCUGAACUGCCAACCAAGCCUCACCUUUUAACUGGUUAGUAACAAUAAACUGGUAGUGAGGCAUCCUUCCUGCUGGUGAUAAGGGACCAGGUAGUCACGACCCUGCAGCAGGCUCCUGGGCUGGUCAGUGCUGGGUGGUGUGGUGACAGCCUCUCUGGCUCUGCCCGUCACAGCCCUUGGGUGCUGGCGGACCCUUGAGCAAAUUUGCAGCUCCUUUUCGUUUUCAGAGUGCACUGAAGAUACACUGGUAUGUGUGUAGGUAGUGAUGGAUGUUAUCCUGGAAAUGACUGUCGCUUCCCCUUCCACCGUUGCUGUUUCCUGUUGGAGCACUGACCAUAACUGGCACUGGGGAGAUCCCAUCCCACGAGUGGGUACUUCAGGACCAGGCAGUUGUUUGCUCCAGAAUUAGUUUUACCUAUCAACCACCAGUUCUGGUAGACAAUCUCCUUCACUGGUAAUCUUUAAUUAGAAUGGUAUUAGUCAUUCUGAACAUUUAUUUAUUUAUACACGAUGGUAAAUAACGCAGUUACACUAUGGUAAAUAACAAAGUUAACACCCAUCAGUUAACACUUAGUAUUGGAUCACCAGCACAGAAUGGGUUCAAGAACUGAAGUGCAAAAGUUGCACAUACUGGUAUGCUUUUAUACACACUUAGGUGUGUGAUACCAUGUGCUUUUUUAUUUAUUUUUCUCUCCUGAACACUUAGGGAUUCACUUGCUUCACUUGAAUACAAAGCACACACACACUGAGUUCUUUCGUCAGUAUCUUUUGCUCCUUCACAUCCAGUCUGUUUGCCACGGAUGAAUAUUCCAACAUUCACAGCUGAUGCCUCCUCCGUGUAUGAUACUCUCUUAUGACGGUGUGAAGCCAUAGAUGAGAUCUCUGUCCCUGUGGAUCGCAUACCUCUUAAACAUCUUUUGAUAAAAUCCUGAUACCCUAAUUAAAAUAGUACUUUGAAGUAAAAUCUAUAGAAGUUAUAUGCCAUGACUUUAUAGGCAAAAUUUUGGACUGGUAGUAAUGUUGGAUUCGUAGGAAAUACAUGCUUGCUUACUACUGCCACUGACCACUUAUUGUUAUAGGGUACUUUAAAAGUUAGGAAGUGACUGCCUUCCUCCUCAAAAGAAAACAGCCCUGUAAGUGUUGAAUAACGUGCUUUGCCUCCAUCACAGUAGGAGCUGAGGCUGGGAAGAAGGAUCUCUGGACUAGGCUCUCCAUUACAGAGCCGGGCUGCUCACGUCCUCAAAGUGGCUUUUGUAUUCUGGAAUUUCACACGGGUGCAAAUGUGCUCAGGUCUUGGUGGGGCUGGCAGCGCUCCGCUCGUCCGCCUGCCCUUAUUCGCGGUGAUUCAAGUAGUCAAGGAGCUCAAAACACCACCCAACGUUUUGAAGAUGGCGUGAGGGUGAUAGUUUAACGUGGCAUUAAAAGCCUGCCCUUUCACGCGUGCGGAUUUCGGGAGGAAUUCCAAAGGCGCCGUCAGCUCCGCCGUGCCUCUCCCGCGGCUCUGAUGUGACCCGGGCAGGCGACGCGCGGGCACAGGCGGCGGCGGCGGCGGGACCCCGUCCCCGCCCACGCGGCGCCGGGGAAGGCUGUUCCCGGGGCGGGCGAAGGGCGGGCAGGGGGCGGGUUGUCGGUGUCGGGGGAAAAGCGGUGGCUGUCGGCGCAAACGGAGCCCACACCGCGCGCUGCCGCCGCUGGCCGGGGGCUCCUCGCCCGCCUCCCGCCAUGGGGCUGCAGCCCCGGCGCGCCGCGGGGCCCUGCCCGCCGCCGGCGGGGAGAUGCGCCGCCCUGCCCGCACCGCGCCCCGCCGCCGCCUGGGCCCGCAGCGAAGAGCCGGAGGGAGCUCCCGGCCGCACCGCCUCCCUGCCGCCCAUCCUGCCGGCCCCCGCCGCCGCUUCCCCCGUCGCCGCCCGGGCGCUGCCCAAGAAGCCGGCGGCGGCCCCCAAGAAGGCAGCGCCUCGUCCCGCGGAAGAGAAGGCGGCGAGGAAGGCGCGGGGGGCGCCCCCAGAGCGGGCGGGUCCCCUCUCCAGCUCCUGGCCCUGCUCCUCCUUGCAGCGGCAGCCGCCGCGGAGGCCGCCGGCCGAGCGGGGGUCGCGGCCCCAGCCCGCCCCGCCGCAGUCGCGGGGCCGCCCGGGGGCGGCGGGGCCGGGCAGCCGCUCCUGCGAGAGCCUCGGCGGGGCGGCGGGGGAGACGGCGCUGCGCUUCUCGCUGAGCCUGCCACCGGAGGCCGUCCGGCUGCUCCAGCGCCGCAGCCUGGAGCGGCAGCGGGGGCAGCCCGCCCCCGGCCCCGGCGGUAGAGCGGCCCCGGCGCGGCGCGGCGGCGACCUGCGCGCCCUGCUGAAAAUCUCGCUGCUCAACGACCGGCACCGCUACGACGACGAGGAGUACGAGGAGGAGGAGGACGGGGGUGCGGCGGCGGCGGCGGACGAGGGGCUGGUGCGGAAAUGCACCGAGUGGCUGCGCGGCGUGGAGAGCGCGGCGGGCCGCGACCGCCCCGACCGGCUGGAGACGCUCCCGCACCUGGGCACCCUCUGAGCCCCGCCGGGGGAGCGGCCCGCCGCCAUCCGCCGUCCGUAGCUGCGGUGCCCCCCGUGGUGCCGUCCGCGCCGGGGGAGACCCGGCGAGUGGCGGGGGCCGCGGCCCGAAGCCGGUCCCCGGGGCGAGGGACAAAGGAGCGGCGCCGGCCUCCGCCCGCCGGUGCUGGGAGCGAGAGGCGGCGGCUGUGGGCGUCCCCCCUCGCCCCGCGUGUUUGUUUUUUUUAACACUUCUCUGACUACUUUGUAAGGCGUGCGUAAUGGUUUUGUAUAUUUGUACAUAAAAGUUCAU